AUGGGGGCUGGGUGGAUGUUUUACUUAGUAAUUUUCAUCCAGACAGCUAUCAACACGGGCAUUGGCAUUGGGGCUAUUCUGCUUGCUGGCGAAUGUCUCCAGAUCAUGUACUCCAACCUUUCCCCCAACGGUUCUCUGAAAUUGUACGAGUUCAUAGCAAUGGUGACAGUGGUGAUGAUAGUUUUAUCUCAGAUUCCAACCUUCCACUCCCUCCGGCACAUGAAUCUAGCUUCACUUUUCCUGAGCUUGGGCUACUGUUUGCUCGUGGUUGGUGCUUGUAUUCAUGCAGGUAAAGGACGAAACAGAGAUUUUAUGCCUGUUAAUAGUGGUGAGAAGAGAAGGUUCUUCCGACCUGUCAUAUGUGAAGUUGUACCGAUAUCAAUGUGCACUCCCAAAAUAUGGCUCACAGGUACCUCAAAAAAUCACCCAGAGAGGGACUAUUCACUGGAAACCUCACAGUCGUCAAGGGUUUUCAGUGCCUUCACUUCCAUCUCCAUUAUAGCUGCCAUUUUUGGAAAUGGGAUACUACCUGAGAUACAGGCAACUCUGGCUCCACCAGCCACUGGGAAGAUGCUGAAAGGCCUUUUGUUGUGUUAUUCUGUGAUUUUAAUCACUUUCUACUCUGCUGCGGUGUCUGGCUACUGGGUUUUUGGAAACAAAUCCAAUUCCAACAUUCUCAAGAGCUUAAUGCCUGAUGAAGGACCCUCUUUAGCUCCAACUUGGGUUCUAGGCCUUGCGGUUGUUUUCAUUCUCCUUCAGCUCUUUGCCAUUGGGCUGGUUUAUUCUCAAGUAGCAUUUGAGAUAAUGGAGAAGAAAUCGGCUGAUAUGAAGCAAGGAAUGUUCUCCAAGAGGAACUUGGUCCCAAGAAUAAUUCUCCGCACGCUAUAUAUGAUAUUCUGCGGAUUUUUUGCAGCUAUGCUACCUUUCUUCGGAGACAUCAAUGGGGUAGUAGGAGCUAUUGGCUUUAUUCCCCUAGAUUUCAUUCUUCCUAUGCUUCUCUACAACAUGACCUAUAAGCCCCCAAAAUCGUCCAUCACCUACUGGAUAAACGUCUCUAUAAUGGUUGCCUUCACUGGCGCAGGAAUCAUGGGCUCCUUCUCUUCUAUCAGGAAGUUAGUGCUUGAUGCUAACCAGUUCAAGCUCUUUAGCAGUAAUGUGGUUGACUGA